CUCUACUCCUCUCUGAUUCAACAAUGCACGCAUACAAAGUCCCUAAGAGGAUUAGUAGUCCACACCCAUAUGAUCAAAACCGGUUAUAUACAACACAACAUAGCCAACAAGCUCAUUGAUGGUUUUCUGAAAUUUGGUAGCUUAAGCAGUGCGCGUAAGGUGUUUGAUGAAUUGCGCACGAGACAUGUAGUCAUCUGGAAUGCGAUGAUUUCUGCCUGCAUUGGCCGCAAGAAGAGUAAGGAGGCUAUUGGGUUGUAUGAGAAGAUGUUUUUUGAUGGGGUUUUUCCGGAUGAGUUCACAUCGAGUGUUUUCAAGGCGUUUUUGGGUCUGGGUUUGGUUCAUGAAGGGCGGUGGGCUCAUGGGUUGUCAGUGGUUUUGGGACUGGAGGUGGCCAAUGUGUUUGUUGGUAGUGCUAUUGUCGAUAUGUAUGCAAAGUUUGGUAGAAUGCAGGAUGCGAGGUUGGUGGCGAAUCGUGUUGGAGAGAAAGAUGUUGUAUUGUUUACGGCGUUGAUUGUUGGUUACUCUCAGCAUGGUGAUGAUGGUGAGGCUCUUGAGGUAUUUGGGGACAUGAUUAACCAAGGAGUUAAGGCUAAUGAGUAUACUUUUGCUAGUGUUUUGAUCAGUUGUGGUAACUUGGAGGAUUUAAUUUAUGGGAAGUUGGUCCACGGUCUUGUUGUCAAAUGUCGUUGUGAAGCUGCUGUGGCGACGCAGACUUCGCUUCUGACAAUGUAUGCUAGGUGCGGAUUGAUCAAUGAUUCUCUGAGGAUCUUUAAAAGGUUUCAGCAUCCAAACCUGGUAACUUGGACGUCUCUUAUCGUCGCUCUUGUUUGAAAUGGCAGAGAAGAAUUGGCUUUGACAAAGUUUAGAAAGAUGAUUCGUGAUUCAGUAGUUCCAAAUGCUUUCACUUUAUCUAGUGUUCUUCAGGCAUGCUCAAGCCUCGCUAUGCUGGAUGAAGGACAGAAAAUUCAUGCCAUGGUCACAAAAUAUGGAUUGGAUAGACAGAUAUAUGCUGGUGCUGCUCUCAUUAACUUAUAUGGGAAAUGCGGGAAUACAGAGAUGGCAAGGUCAGUUUUUGAUGCCUUGAUUGAAAUUGAUUUGGUAUCCAUGAAUUCCAUAUAUAGCUAUGCGCAGAAUGGAUUUGGACAUGAAGCACUUCAGCUUUUUAAUGGGAUGAAAGACAUGAGGCUUGAACCAAACGAUGUAACAAUUUUGAGUGUUCUCUUGGCCUGCAAUAACUUAGGAUUGGUGCAACAAGGCUGCCAAAUUUUUUCUACCAUUUGGAAUAAUAACACUAUUGAGUUGAAUAGGGAUCACUACGCUUGUAUGGUUGAUUUGCUGGGGCGUGUUGGAAGACUUGAAGAAGCCAAAAUGUUGAUACAAGAAGUCAAAAAUCCAGAUUUAGUAUUAUGGAGGGCACUGCUAUGUGCCUGUAAACUUCAUGGACGAGUCUACUUGGCAGAAAGAGCUCUAAAUAAAGUCCUUGAAUUUGCUCCAGGAGAUGGAGGAUCUCAUGUCCUGUUGACGAACAUUUAUGCUUCAAGAAACUGGAGUCAAGUUAGUGAUAUGAAAAGUACAAUGAGAGAGAUAAAAUUCACGAAGAGCCCAGCAAUGAGUUGGGUUGACGUGGACAGGGAGGUUCACACUUUCAUGGCUGGAGAUUUGUCCCAUCCAAGAUCUGCUGAGAUAAUUUUAACCCUAGAGAAGUUGCUUAAGGAGGUGCACAUAUUGGGUUAUGUUCCUGAUACAAGAUUUGUGUUACAGGAUUUAGAUGAGGAGAAGAAGAAGAAGUCGUUGUACUAUCACAGCGAAAAGCUAGCCAUUGCCUUCGCUAUAUUAAUUAGUAAGAAGAAUACCAUUAUCAGGAUAUUUAAGAACCUUAAAGUUUGUGGGGACUGUCAUUCCUGGAUAAAAUUUGUCACCAAAGUUAUUGGAAGAGAAAUAAUUGCUCGCGAUGCCAAAAGAUUUCAUCAUUUUAAGGAUGGGUGUUGUUCAUGUGGAGACUAUUGGUGACUUCCAGAUAUUUAUCGUGUCUGAUGUAUGGAGUCACCAACUCUUUGAUUGGCUGUAAUUAAACACAUUGUAUGCUGCUGUUGCGAUCUGCUGCCAAA